AUUUUUGCGAUCAGGGAACACUUUCCUCCAUAAGUCUCGCUCUUUCGUAUAAAGCCUAUAUUGUACCCUCUGCUCUCUGUGCUGUUUCUAUUCUCCAAUGCUGCGGUUCCUUCGAAAUUUUAAGUACUACGCAUGGCAUGAGGUGCGUCGUGGUUGUUCCGCAGUGGCCACAUCGGAUUUGAGUGAUGUCCAUCUGGUGCUGCCAACGGUCUGGCCCUCCGAGCUUACCAAGAGGAUCCACCCGCUCCCAGUCCCCGACCUGAUCGAGAAGUUCUCCUGCGACGCCCCCGGCGGCCAGUUCGCCACAAUGUCUGAGUACCUGCGCAGCGAUCCACGGCCCGACGCAGUUCUCCUGCCGGAGGAAAUUGAUCUGCACCGAAAAAUGUCCAUGGAUGACCUUAAUUCUUAUAUGCACGCAAAGGACGCCUUCAAAGAGCCACAUAGAAAAAACCGGAUAUUUUCGCACGUUCUUGUGGUAGCUGGAGCUGACUCAGCUCGUAGUUCCCCCUUUCGGCAGAGGCCCGAGUUCCUCUAUUUUUGCGACUGCUUAAGACCAGGGGCAGCAUUGGUUCUGACCCGCAGCCGAAAGCGAAGGACUAGCGCGUUGCUCUUUCUUUCCCAGGAGGUGGACUCUCAGCUGUGUACCAUUUUUAGCCAUAUGCAUUACGUGGACGACGUUCUGCCCCUCGCCAUGCUUAAGAAAAGUUUACACUGGCUGUUAAGGGAUCACUCGCCCGAGUUGUGGCACUUCUACGAGCCAUCGAGUCCUGUCAGCUUUAUAGUGCAAGAGGUGGCUAAUGAGGCCAAGAUUGCAAUGUGCAACCCCCGAUACAUCCUCCAGUACACACGCACCGUCAAGACGUCUCGAGAGUUGAGAGCCCUGCGUCGAGCUAACGCCAUUGCUGCAGACUCCAUGGCAGAGGUAAUCACACAGCAUCAUCAGAAUCCACAGGAGCUGGCCGCAUUGUUUGACUACAAAUGCCAUAUGCGCCACGCACGCCCCGACGGUACGAAAAUUUCGUGCGGAAUAGAUGGCAAAGGGCUGUGGCAGAUGGACGCUGGAUGCCAGUACGGAGGCUACGAAGGCGGACUGGCCAGGUGCUGGCCAAGCUCGGGGCGUUUCACUCCGCCCCAAAAAAUGCUUUACGGUGCGCUGUUGGACAUGCGUCGGGAUCUGUGCUCGUUGAUAAAGUACGCUGGAAGUGAGGGUGCCGUGCGCACACCUCUGGAACUGCAUGCCGCCUAUUUAAUCCUUCUGGCUCGUCACCUAAGAGAGCUCCGCGUGUUACCAAAAGGUGUCAGAAGUGCAGCAGAGACAGUGGAGGUGGCCUGCAAGUACAACUGCUCCCCAGUCGUCGUCUCGCACGUGGGCCUGGGAAAGCGAGACACCAGUCGCAGACUCCUAGACUAUCCAUUCGCUCCCGGAAACGUGGUUUCGCUGCGCCUGUCUAUUUCUAUUCCUGAUGACUGCUGUCAGGCCUACCCCGAGUUCCGGGGCAUUCUUUGUCAGCUUGGCGACACCCUGCACAUCCGGGAUGACUCCGUGGAGCUACUUACCGCCGCUUGCCCCAGCGAGCCCCAGGAUAUUGAAGUAUGUCUACCUGCAAGCAGAAUCAGGUCCCACAGAUUGCGGAAUGACGGGGAUCAGAAUGGAUCUUGUGACACGCUACAAUUGCAUGGCUUCCGUGACUGCAACUGAGCGAAUAAAAUUGCUCAAGGAAUAUCGCUUUUAUAAUCGGCAGUUACUCCGCGAAAUCGAUAUGGCAUAACCACGUCGUCGGCACAUAUAAAUGUGUUGCAUGUUUUGUAUAUAUGUAGGUACUAAAACCUCAUUUGUCAUUAAACCCGUUUGCCUUCUGUA